AUGCAGCAGCAACAGCCGCAGCUGAGGGCAGCAGACAGCUCCUCAGCUCCAGCUGGCCGAUGUCGAGCCCUGCUGCCAGCCUUGCGGCGCAUGCUGCCAGCAUGUGCUGCACGACAACGGCGCGUGUGCCUGGUCGCCGGGGCCUGUCUUUGCCUGCUGCUGUUCUCUGUUCUGGCUCUGACUGCGCCCUGGUGGGGCACCUGGCUCCUGUGGCAGCCCAGCAGGACCUCCUACGUGACUGACAGCCUAGAUCCAGAUCGAGGUUGGCAGGGGAACAGCACAGCCGAAAGGGAACUGGUGGUGCCGCGCAUAAUCCAUCAGACAUGGAAGACGGAGGUCAUUCCAGAGAAGUGGGUGGCCGCGCGGCAGUCCUGCAUGGACAUGCACCCGGGCUAUGAGUUCCGGCUGUGGACAGAUGACAGCGCGCAUGAGGUGCUGGCCAAGGAGAUGCCGCAGCUGCUGCCCACCUAUGACUCUUACAUCUACAACAUCGAGCGUGCAGAUGCCAUACGGUACGCUCUUCUGUAUCUGUACGGCGGAUUCUACAUGGACCUGGACAUCGAGUGCCGGCGGCCGCUGGACUUCCUGCGCGCAUACCCAUUCGUCAUGCCGCAGACGCGGCCGGUCGGCUUCUCCAACGACUUCCUCGCAGCCGCCCCCGGCCACCCCUUUGUGGCCCAGCUGCUCGCGGCUCUGCCCCGCUGGAAUCUCUGGCUGCUGUCCAAGUACCCCACCGUCAUGUUCUCAACGGGGCCCAUGUUUGUCACGCUGCAAGCGUCCUUGUAUCGGUCGCGGCGCUCGCUCUGGGUGCUGCCGGACCGGCUAUAUGGGAAGUACGUCCCGGCCGGGGACUCGCUAUUCGUGCACCUGUUCGGCAGCAGCUGGCAUGGGGAUGAUGCCAAGAGCGCGCUGUGGCUGGUGCAUCACCCUCUUUUGCUGCUGGGGGCCGGUGUGCUGUCUGCUGUGGCGUGCGCGCUCUACCUCUGGCGAAGGUCCUGCACGCUGCUGGGUGCCGGGCAGGCCCAGAGUGACUUGGAGAGCGCAGCGCUGAAGAUGUGCUGA